AUGGCGAGGACGGCAUCGGGCGCGAGUUGUGGAGAAAGGUGCGAUGCGAGGGAGGAAAGAGAGGCACUAGGGUUUCAUCCGCGGGGCAAGGAGGUCGUGGCCGCCCUUGUAGACGUCGGGGAGCGGCGGCUGGCCAACGCGUGCGGCACCCCGCUCCAUGGACGACGCACCAGCGCCCAGUGCAUCGGGGAACAGGAGGGGGGAAGACGACGAGUGGGGGAGGCAGGCUGGGUCGGCCUGUGCAGCCACGGCACAGGGGGAGAGCCGGCCGAGGGCGCGGCGCAGGAGGCGGAGGGCGGCGAGGUGCACGGUCUGGAGCUGAGCUUCCGGGAGGAGCGCAAGCUGGAGACCGGCCGAAAGGUUCAUCUCGCUGCCGAGCUCGGGCUCGAUCCCAAGCAAGUCGCCGUGUGGUUCCAGAACCGACGGGCGCGACACAAGAGCAAGCUUAUGGAGGAGGAGUUCGCCAAGCUCAAGCACGCCCACGACGCGGCCAUCCUCCACAAAUGCCAUCUCGAGAACGAGUUGCUGAGGCUGAAGGAGAGGCUGGGAGCGACCGAGGAGGAGGUGCGGCGCCUCAGGUCGGCAGCUGGGAGCCACGGAGCAUCCGGCAACGGCGGAGACGCCGCUGACGCCGUUGGCGCGUGCGGCGGGAGCCCGAGCUCGUCCUUCUCGACGGGAACCUGCCAGCAGCAUCCGGGUUUCAGCGGCGCAGGCCAGCUGGGGCCGGACGAUGAGCUGAUGAUGUGCGUCCCCGAGUAUGGGCUCCACAUUAGCUUCAUUGGUGGUUGUGGCAGCCACAAGAUUUUCAAGCACAUUCUCCUUGAGAACUGCUUCUUGGUGGGACAGUGGAGUGGCAACUUGUGGGACUUCAUCUUCCGCGGCUGA